AUGUCAGCCGCCGACGUAAACGAUUUUAUCCGGCAAAACCGUGCCGUUGCCAACCAGGUGGAAACAUUCCGGGGGCACUGGGAGAGCGACAAGCACUGGGUGGCCAGGAGGGAUUUUAUACUGCGGAAUAUGAGCGAAUUUGAGGGCGAGCAGCAGAUGGACCAGCUGCUUUCGCUGUCGAUGGUGUGGGCCAACAAUGUUUUUCUUGGCUGCCGGUAUAGCACGGAGCUCCUUGACAAAGUAAAAGAGAUGGCCGAGGGCAUCGAGGUGGAGGACGCACCCGUCUUCAAGACAAGAGACGAGAUAAUGAAGCAGCAGCAGGUACGGUCGAGCACGCGUAUUAACUUUCACUGA